GGACAGUGUGGGGUGCGUGGGACUCAAGGGAGGACACUCCUCACCCCGUUCCCUGCCCAGCUGGAGUGAGGGGGCGCGGGUGACAAGCAGGAACACCGGAAUAUGCUAGCACCCACAGGUGGGAGGCUGGCUGAAGGGCUAGUGGGGGGGGGCGCCUCCUUCUCACCCCGCGAUGGCUGGGACUGAUUCAUUCAUUCAGUGUGAAUUGGACUGAGAGCACUGCCAUACGCGGGAGGCGCUCUUUAGCCCGCCUACCUGCGGGCCCGUCGGGGUCCUGGGCAGAUCAGGUGAGGCCGUGGGAGUAGUGGGCAGGCCAGAUGGGGCCUCCCUUAGCCAUGGGAGGUUGGUCGUCCGCGCUCUACCCUGUUGUGUGCGCGGUCCCCUGUUUGCCCCCUUUCUAAGCUGGCCACUGGCUGGAGGGUCAAGGAAAGGAGGGAGAGUUGGCUGUGGGUGAGAGUGGGGUGAGGGUGCAGGACCACCGGGAUUAGCUUCCCCAAUCCGCGUCCGGCAAAGCAACGCUGUGGAUUGAAUUCGCUGGAGCACGUGGUGGGCAUUUGCCCCUGGAAGAAGGAUCGACCCUUCGAGGACACCUGUCAUGGAAACCCCAGCCACUACUAUGACAAGGCUGUCAGGAGGUGCUGUUACCGCUGCCCCACGGCCAGCCAUUGCCUCACAGGGCCAAGCUUCCAUUGUCCCCCUGGCACCUCCCUCUGCUGAAGUCAGACCAGCCUCUCUCUCCUGUCCAUCCCACUUGCAGGGCUGUUCCCGACACAGCAGUGCCCACAGAGGCCUACUGACUGCAGGAAGCAGUGUGAGCCUGACUACUACCUGGAUGAGGCCGACCGCUGUACAGCCUGCGUGACUUGUUCUCGAGACGACCUCGUGGAGAAGACGCCGUGUGCGUGGAACUCCUCCCGUGUCUGCGAAUGUCGACCUGGCAUGUUCUGUUCCACGUCUGCCGUCAACUCCUGUGCCCGCUGCUUCUUCCAUUCUGUCUGUCCGGCAGGGAUGAUUGUCAAGUUCCCAGGGCUUUUGGCGGUUCUUGGCUGGAGGAUGAGGGGAAAAUGUGUCUACGCCAUCUUCCCAGAAUCAGAGUCUCAGGAUGUGAUCCCAACACAGCCCCCUCCUUUCUCCCAGCCUCAGCUCUCAGCACCAAGCCGUCACGCUCUGGGCUCCACCUGCACUGCCCUUCUUCCAGGCACGGCGCAGAAGAACACUGUCUGUGAGCCGGCUUCCCCAGGGGUCAGCCCUGCCUGUGCCAGCCCAGAGAACUGCAAGGAACCCUCCAGUGGCACCAUCCCCCAGGCCAAGCCCACCCCGGUGUCCCCAGCAACCUCCAGUGCCAGCACCAUGCCUGUAAGAGGGGGCACCCGCCUCGCCCAGGAAGCUGCUUCUAAACUGACGAGGGCUCCCGACUCUCCCUCCUCUGUGGGAAGGCCUAGUUCAGAUCCAGGUCUGUCCCCAACACAGCCAUGCCCAGAGGGGUCUGGUGAUUGCAGGAAGCAGUGUGAGCCCGACUACUACCUGGAUGAGGCCGGCCGCUGCACGGCCUGCGUGAGCUGUUCUCGAGAUGACCUUGUGGAGAAGACGCCGUGUGCAUGGAACUCCUCCCGCAUCUGCGAAUGUCGACCUGGCAUGAUCUGUGCCACAUCAGCCACCAACUCCUGUGCCCGCUGUGUCCCCUACCCAAUCUGUGCAGCAGAGACAGUCACCAAGCCCCAGGAUAUGGCUGAGAAGGACACCACCUUUGAGGCACCACCCCUGGGGACCCAGCCGGACUGCAACCCCACCCCAGAGAAUGCCGAGGCGCCUGCCAGCACCAGCCCCACUCAGAGCUCGCUGGUGGACUCCCAGGCCAGUAAGACGCUGCCCAUCCCAACCAGCGCUCCCGUCGCUCUCUCCUCCACGGGGAAGCCCGUUCUGGAUGCAGGGCCAGUGCUCUUCUGGGUGAUCCUGGUGCUGGCUGUGGUGGUCGGCUCCAGCGCCUUCCUCCUGUGCCACCGGAGGGCCUGCAGGAAGCGAAUUCGGCAGAAGCUCCACCUGUGCUACCCGGUCCAGACCUCCCAGCCCAAGCUAGAGCUUGUGGAUUCCAGACCCAGGAGGAGCUCAACGCAGCUGAGGAGUGGUGCGUCGGUGACAGAACCCAUCGCGGAAGAGCUAGGGUUAAUGAGCCAGCCACUGAUGGAGACCUGCCACAACGUGGGGGCAGCCUACCUGGAGAGCCUGCCGCUGCAGGAUGCCAGCCCGGCCGGGGGCCCCUCGUCCCCCAGGGACCUUCCUGAGCCCCGGGUGUCCACGGAGCACACCAAUAACAAGAUUGAGAAAAUCUACAUCAUGAAGGCUGACACCGUGAUCGUGGGGACUGUGAAGGCUGAGCUGCCGGAGGGCCGGGGCCUGGCGGGGCCAGCAGAGCCCGAGUUGGAGGAGGAGCUGGAGGCGGACCAUACCCCCCACUACCCCGAGCAGGAGACAGAACCGCCUCUGGGCAGCUGCAGCGAUGUCAUGCUCUCAGUGGAAGAGGAAGGGAAAGAAGACCCCUUGCCCACAGCCGCCUCUGGAAAGUGAGGCCUGGGCUGGGCUGGGGCUAGGAGGGCAGCAGGGUGGCCUCUGGGAGGCCAGGAUGGCACUGUUGGCACCAAGGUUGGGGGCAGAGGCCCAUCUGGCCUGAACUGAGGCUCCAGCAUCUAGUGGAGGACCGGCCGGUCAUUGCAGGGGUCUGGUGGUCUCUGCUUGCAUCCCCAACUUAGCUGUCCCCUGACCCAGAGCCUAGGGGAUCCGGGGCUUGUACAGAAGAGACAGUCCAAGGGGACUGGAUCCCAGCAGUGAUGUUGGUUGAGGCAGCAAACAGAUGGCAGGAUGGGCACUGCCGAGAACAGCAUUGGUCCCAGAGCCCUGGGCAUCAGACCCUAACCACCAGGCCCACAGCCCAGCGAGGGAGAGGUCGUGAGGCCAGCUCCCGGUGCCCCUGUAACCCUACUCUCCUCUCUCCCUGGACCUCAGAGGUGACACCCAUUGGGCCCUUCCGGCAUACCCCCAGUUACUGUAAAUGUGGCCCCCAGUGGGCAUGGAGCCAGUGCCUGUGGUUGUUUCUCCAGAGUCAAAAGGGAAGUUGAGGGAUGGGGCGUCGUCAGCUGGCACCGUCUCUGCUGCAGCGGCCACACUGUACUCUGCACUGGCGUGAGGGCCCCUGCCUGGGCUGUGGGACCCUCCUGGUGCUGCCCACCUUCCCUGUCCUGUAGCCCCCUCAGUGGGCCCAGGGCCUAGGGCCCAGGAUCAAGUCACUCAUCUCAGAAUGUCCCCACCAAUCCCCGCCACAGCAGGCGCCUCGGGUCCCAGAUGUCUGCAGCCCUCAGCAGCUGCAGACCGCCCCUCACCAACCCAGAGAACCUGCUUUACUUUGCCCAGGGACUUCCUCCCCAUGUGAACAUGGGGAACUUCGGGCCCUGCCUGGGGUCCUUGACCGCUCUCUGUGGGCCCCACCCACUCUGUCCUGGGAAAUGAAGAAGCAUCUUCCUUAGGUCUGCCCUGCUUGCAAAUCCACUAGCACCGACCCCACCACCUGGUUCCAGCUCUGCACCCUUUGGGGUGUGGAUGUCGAGAGGCACCACGGCCUCACCCAGGCAUCUGCUUUACUCUGGACCAUAGGAAACAAGACCGUUUGGAGAUUUCAUCAGGAUUUUGGGUUUUUCACAUUUCAAGCUAAGGAGUGAAGUGGCCCUGACUUCCGGUCGGCUGGCCAGCUGACUCCCUAGGGCCUUCAGACGUGUAUGCAAAUGAGUGAUGGAUAAGGAUGAGUCUUGGAGUUGCGGGCAGCCUGGAGACUCGUGGACUUACCGCCUGGAGGCAGGCCCGGGAAAGCUGCUGUUUACUCAUCGGCCAGCCACGUGCUCUCUGGAGGAAGUGAUAGUUUCUGAAACCGCUCAGAUGUUUUGGGGAAAGUUGGAGAAGCCGUGGCCUUGUGAGAGGUGGUUACACCAGAACCUGGACAUUGGCCAGAAGAAGCUUAAGUGGGCAGACACUGUUUGCCCAGUGUUUGUGCAAGGAUGGAGUGGGUGUCUCUGCAUCACCCACAGCCGCAGCUGUAAGGCACGCUGGAAGGCACACGCCUGCCGGGCAGGGCAGUCUGGCGCCCAUGAUGGGAGGGAUUGACAUGUUUUAACAAAAUAAUGCACUUCCUUACCUAGUGGCCCUUCACACAACUUUUGAAUCUCUAAAAAUCCAUAAAAUCCUUAAAGAACUGUAA